AUGUCGAGAUGGAUGGAUGGAGAGACGGAUGAGUGGAUGGACGGAUGGGUGGACAGUUGGAUGAGUAGAGGAAUAUUGGGACGGGUGGGUGGUUGGACGGAUGGAUGGACAGGUGGAUAUAAGCAUGGAUUAUUGAGUGGACGGAUGGAAGGACAGUGGAUACAUAGACAGAUGAACGGACGGACAAAUGGAUGGACUGAUUAA